AUGAACGAUCGUCUGGACAUCUGCCAUAGUAUUUUUGGCCAGGGUGGUUUCCACAUGGAUGGAACACGUACGGUUUGCAGACACCCUCCUGUUCAUAGUAUCCACCAGUGCAUACACCGUAUUGCAUGGCGUAAAGCCACGCUCGAGCAGAGAUCCCUCCUUCACAUCCUGCUCCGCAGAAGUCUCCGCAGCACGAGAGUAUAUCAGUGUCAGAAAGCCUUGCCUGAAAUUGUAAUGAUCUUUCCGAAAGUCUCACAAGGUUGGCGAUUUAUGGACAAAACUUCAGUCUCGGACGGGACUCGAACCCGUACUUGUCCUUUCCGGGCACCGUGCUCUAUCCCUUACACUAUGCUUGCCUUCGCCUUCUUAAGGGCUUAG